ACAAUCAAUCAAUCAAUGGAUCAAACAUCUCCCAAAUCUCCACCGCCACAACAACCACCGCCACCGCCGCCGCCGUUGAAUUCUCUGGUUCCGGCCACCGUUGCUCCCACUCCUCUUAUCGUCCCAAAGGCUUUCAAAUACCCAGAAAUGUAUAUGAGUCCUACUGAUUUGAUUAUGUCCCCAGUUACAAAGGGCAUACUUGCAAGAACCAGAUCCAAUAAGUCAUCUCAUCCAUUACAACCCUCCAGUACAAGUAAAGAACAGCACAAGAUUCAAGUUUCAAAAUUUGAAGAAAUGGGUACUCUUGAAAUUUGAUGGGUUGUUUGAAUCUUGAUGAAAGAUGAAGAGGUGGUGAUGGGUUGAUCAAAUGGCUGGAAUAAGUUUCUUUUAACCAUUGUAAUUGUAGUUUUAUUGUAAUUUAAUGAUACGUGUUAAAUGCAAAUGGACCGUUGGUAAGUGUCUUUUACUGACAUUCUACUUGGUGUCGGUAAUU